GUAAGCUACGUUGCACAGAGAGGUGAAACAUUUACUAACUUUUAUGCCAGGCGUCGGCACAUUUACCGAUCUCCGUAAUACUAACCUUGAUAGUCUUCAACAAUUGCUUCAAGGCACCUAUGAUGAUUUACUCACUGGAGUUGACGCCAAUUCGGGAUUUUUGAAUGAGACGGAAAAGGAACAGGAUAGGGGCAACUUUAACAAGAUAAAGAUGUAUUAUGAUGCAUGUAUGGACGAGGUCACCGUUGACCAUCUUGGACCCACGCCCAUAUUUCCUGACAUCGCCCAAGUACUCAAAAGUCUAGGAUAUUCUCCAGGUAUGGAUGAUGGUCGAUUUAGUCUUGAAAAUGCGCAUGCCUUGACGGAUGCCUUGAUCGAAUUAAACUCGCAGGGUGUUGGCAACCUGGUAUCAUUCGACGUAGGCAUAGACGACAAAAAUCCCGAAAAGUAUGCCAUCUUCUUAAACCAACCAAGCUUAAGUUUGCCUUCUCGAGAAUAUUACAAACAGCCAAAUCUCAUCGCCCAGUACCGUAACGGCUUGAUCUCUGUGGUUACUGCCAUUCUUGGUGAUGUCACAGGCGACUCGAGUAGAUUGCGUAUUGAAAAACUCACUGAAAACAAGUUACCUGUACUUGGCGCCAUGGAUAUAGAAGCUAUGGUGGACAGAUUUAUUGAGUUUGAAACACAGCUUGCUAGUAUAUCACUUCCCAUCGACGAGUUACAAGAUCCUUUGGCAGUCUAUAAUCCAAUGACGAUUGGUGAGUUACAUCAAAAAUAUCCGAUUGCAGACUGGUUCCGAACUCUUCGUCAUUUUGUGCCUAAUGACGCCUCUUUGCCUGAUAACGUGAUCGUGACCUCUCCCGGUUACUUGAAGGAAUUAACAGAUUGGUUGGUUAACAGCCAGACACGUCCCGAUGGUACGUCCACUCAAGCCAUCCGCGAAUACUUUAUCAUCAGAAUCAUCUUGUCCAAUAUUCACAGCAUCGACAAGAAGACAAGAGACCUCCAUCGGGAAACGAUCGGCAAACUUGUCAAUGGCGCUAUUGAAGCUCCUCCCCGAAGUCGAGAAUGUGUAGCAAGCACAAGUGGUGCCUUUGGUCAACUGUUGGGUCGAUACUUUGUCAUGAAGUCAUUUGGUGGUGAGCCACAACGACAGCAGGUUUCUGCAUUUAUUGAGAACCUUUUGUCGGCUUGGUCCGGAAGAUUGAAACAGAGUGAUUGGUUGGACAUUGAAACACGUACGCGUGCAUUAGAAAAGGUCAAAAAACUUACACAUCAAGAAGCAUACAGUAUUAUCAGUCCUGAUGAUCGAUCGCCUAGUUCUCUUCAAAAUUACUACUCGGGUAUAGAGGUCAAAGAAAAGGAUUACUAUGGAAAUCAAAAAUCUGUAAUGAUGUCCGAAUUCAAAAAAGAGUGGAGUAGGAUAGAAGAAAAAGUAAACAAGGAUGAUUGGUUCAUGACACCCCAUGAAGUGAAUGCCUAUUAUUCUCCCAACUUUAACAAGAUUGUUAUUCCUGCAGGAAUCUUACAGGCUCCAUUCUAUCAUACAGAUCUACCUUCCUAUAUCAACUAUGGUGGUAUUGGUGCAGUCAUUGGUCAUGAAAUCACUCAUGCUUUUGAUAACGCAGGUCGACUUUAUGAUGGAGAUGGCCGCUUAAAUACUUGGUGGACAGAUGCAACCACAUCUGCAUUUGAAAGCAGAUCUCAAUGCUUUAUCAACCAGUAUAAUCAAUUCUCUAUUCAGGGUCCUGAUAAAACCAACUACUCUGUCAACGGAAAGAUGACACUUGGUGAAAACCUUGCAGAUAACGGUGGCCUUCAUGCCGCCUACACAGCCAUGAAAAAGACGCUUACAGAGGACAGCCCGGUUUUCUUGCCUGGUCUUGAAACAUAUACUCCAGAACAGCUAUUUUUCAUCAACUUUGGUAGAAUAUGGUGUAACAACAUGCGUCCUGAACUGUCUGUUCAACGUGUUCGUACCGAUGUACAUUCGCCUUCUAGUGUUCGUGUCAAUGGUGCUGUUCAAAAUAGUGCUGAAUUUGCUCAAGCAUUUCAGUGUCCUCAGAAGCCGAUGAAUCCUUCCAACAAAUGCCAAAUCUGGUAAAGCUGUCUUCUCUAUCAUUGAAUAAAAAAGGACCACAUAG